GGAUAUAGGGCAUGGCAGACAGACACUUACUAUAAGCUCGUAAGUUGGACAUGGACGAUGGUUCGUCGAGGACAUGUUUGACUUGUGGCAACCGCACAGGCUAAUAGAUGCCACAUUGAUAAAAAAGUUGUUACAAUUGAAUCCAACAUGGCAAUUUAUUGAAUCAUUUAUGUAAGUUGCCACCUAGCUAAUCAUUGAUGCCAACAUGCCACUCUGAAUUAUGGAAUGCUGUACAAUCAUGCGUUGUCAUAUCAACAUGUGUUAAGUCUUAUGCUAAAUAUGCCAACGUAUGUUAAACAUUGUGAUGCCACUCCUAUGUUCUGUGCUUGAGAUUCCACACUGUUUAUCGCGGGUGGCAUCGUACCACGCAGCUGAAAAAUGACACGACAUUCGUGGAACUCUACACUUCUGUGAUCAGCGACUACCUUGGGAUACACGGCUCAUGUUCCCGUCCAUUUCCUAGAUCUUCGAUCACUGGAAUAUGCCACUGACGUAACGUGUGGCCACUGUACAGGACUUUAUGAUGGGGAUACAUAUGCCUAGGAUGCGCUCCAGUUCUGGACACUGCUGCCUAUGUGUCGUAGGGGUGUUCAUGUUUCUUGCGGGGAUUAUUAUGGUAUCCAUAGGAGUGUGUCUCAUCUUGAAUUAUGGAUUAUUCGAUUCUGCAUUGCUUCCUCCAGAACUUCAAAAUGAUGAAGGCAAAAAAAUCAUUGGUAUAGUGUUGACAGUUUCGGGAUUGGCUGCUGCUAUUAUAAGUAUAUCUGUGAGUUCUUUUUAUUUGUGUACAAAAAGUAAGACACCGUCAGUACAACCUCAUCAGCUUUCUGCUUUACCUAAUAGUUCACGUUCUACCUCUAAGGGAGCCCACGUUGCUCGCAACGGUGCUAUAGAGAAAAGCCGAGGACCAGGGGCAGAGACGACUAAAGUUUCCUCCAUGCAUUCAAAUCCAAUGCCUGUAAAUACUCGCAUGAGGAAAAAGAUGAAGCGUAAUAAAUUGGGAUUAAAAAACAAAAUUCGUCUCGAGGGUAUCCAGGAGGAUAGUCUUUCACGUAAGCAGUCUGAACAUGACAUGUCAGCCAUGGCUGCUAUGGCCAUGGAGGAGGACACACCCAGGAGUGAUAGCCAAGAGGUAAAUAAUGGGGCUUCCAUGGGUGUUGACAAUCCAGUCUUCACUAUAGAUGGGGCGGAAGACUAUCCAGAUACUCUCAAAGUUGCAGAAUCUGAUGUGGCUCAAGACAAUUCCUCAUCAGAGAGUGGGUACACAGAUUCCGUAAAUACAGGGUCAAUCGACAAAGACGAUUUUGAGGAUCAAGUUAAAAUAUUGACACAGUGAGUCUCUCCUCAUAAUAAUGACCAGGUUUCCAAUUACUUAACAAGCUGCUGAAGGAUAUAUAUAUAACGAAGUGCAAGUUAUUUUAAAGUCUCAUUAAUAUUUUUUCAGUGUUCAACUAAGAGCAAUGCUGCUGAAGAGUGAAGAUGAAUGUUGUUAUUCUUGUGUGUUGCAUUUGUGUUUAUGAUAAUGUGUAUCGACAGGUUCCGGAUUCCUAUACAUGUGUAUACUAUAUAGAUUGCACUGUCAACAAUUGCUGUAAGUAUUGUUCAAUGCCUAUGCAUCUGUAAAUUCUGACAAACUUUUGACAGAUUCAUGUGAUUACUGCAGAUUCAAUGAUGUUGAAGAGAAGAGAUGAAAGAACCUGUCAAAAUGGCACCAUAAAUAUAUUUAUAUAUAUAUAUGAAGGUGACAGUAGGUAAAUAUGUUUAAAUAUUCUAAAAAUAUCUCUACCAAACCUUCUUCAGAAAAGAGUAUCUUUUCACUUCUAAUUUUACAAUGCAAUAAGUGUUUAUAAUUCAUAAAAAAUGGCAUUUUGUCAUCUCAUUUUUCUAAACCACUCUCUGUAUACUGUAUACCAUUGUAUAAUUCAGAUAGGAAUUCCCUACUGGUAUUCAGUUGACUCUAAACAUUUAGCAAUUUCUGAAAAAAUCUUUUCCAAAAAGGAAAUGUUAAAAAAAAAACCCAAUUAAAUAUUGACAUGCAUACCUCAUAUCCGUUCAAGCUCAAGAGACCAUACUAGUUUUGGAGAGUCAAUAACUGUCAGGCUGUUGUAGGGUCAACUGAAGGCCUCUGCCCUCAAUGAUUGCUUAUAUACCACUUAUAUGUACAAGAUGAUUUUGUUUUUUAAUUAACGGACGCAAUUCUGUAAUAAGACGGAUCUACAGUCUCUGACCAUCGUAUAUCGUGUAUAUGAAUCAUCACACAUGAAAUACAGCCUUCACAAUGCAUGAAUUUAUUUUAUAGAAAUCAUAAGAAUCUACAAAGCAUCAGAGCCUUCUGAAUUAAUUACCGUAUAGCGGGAAAUUUUAGCGGGGCUUUAAUUUGGCGAUUUGGCGGGUCCGUAUAUAGAUCGCCAAAAUUUAACCCGUCACAUUUUAACACCGCCAAUUAAAAAGACGCGAAAAUUUCAAUUUUGCCAUUAGUUUCCGUUCCGAUCGCCAUUUACCUUUGAUAACUCCAGAGAGUAACGACUGGUGUGUAACGUUGGUUGUUGCCUUGCACCUGUCGGCCAAAAUGCUGAUAGGUAUAUAUGAAUAGCUAUAGCUAGUGAACAACUACUCACGAUACAUGUAUAACAAUACAAGUAUGACAUAUAUCGCAUCAUAAUUAUUUUUUGUGAAAACAAAGCCAUCUACCCUUACCAUUCAAUGGACUGAUGUUAACACUUUACCUGUAUACUCAUUGUUUAACAUACCUGUACGUAUACACAUCAUACAAUAGAUGACCACGUCGAUAGCAUACGGUUGAUUAAAUUCUCUUUAUCUGUUGCUUGUACACAUACCCAUAUAAACACUAAUUUGACAACACACUUCAUCAGCAUGGAUAGAAUGUAUGGGCAUAACAUAAUUAUCUAUAUAUACCGGUAGGUAAUAUAUAUGCUCAACGCCAAAUUAAAACCCUAGAUUUAAUGGAAAUCGCUAAAUUUUAACUCGCCAAA